CACGCGCUAUGAUGUAAACAACCUUGCGCCACCUAGUGGAAAAUCAUAAACAGAUAAAAGUUUUAAAAGCGCCAAAAUUUAUCAUGUUGUUUCAAGACCUGAAUGGGAAUUUCCAAUUUGGGGAAGCAAAUCAUGGUUCUGCAAACCAUUAUCACAGACCUAUGCCGUCUUUUUACGAGGGAAGGCACACUAACAAUGUCCCUGACAUUAACCUUGAAUGUGAUGAAACAAUAGAUAACUGGGAUGAAUUUGAAUCUAGCAUCUAUAGCAAGGACAGAAAUCAGAAGUUUCAUGGGUAUAAUGAAAGGAGCAGUGAAGGUGACAUCAUUGAUGAAAGCUUUGAGUUUUACAACGACUUUCCUCCACCUAACUCUCCUACUAAAGGGUUACAGGUUGAGCAGCCAGUGUUGCAGUUACAUAGUCAGUAUGUCAGCAGUCUGUUGCAAGCCUGGAGAGAUUCUCAAACAACAAAAGAAUCAAAUAGAAGCAGUGACGGCUUUAGUUUACCAUCUGAUGAUCCUGAAAGUUCCCAAGAAAGCUAUGAAUGUCAAGAAGAACACAGCCUUGGGUUUGACUAUGAGAUGGUGAGUGAAAAUGAAGCAAAUCAAGAAGCUCUAAAUAGUAAUUCAAAUUUACAAGACAGGAAUAGUAGUGAUUUGAGUUCUUCAAUUCAACUGGCACAGCAACCAGUAUCACACAGCUCAUCAAGGUCAAAUUCACCGACUGUGAUGGAAAUGUUAACACAUUUCAGACGAAAUAUCAUAAACUUUCGCUCAAUCUCUCCAGUGAUCGUGCGUUCACCUUCACCAAUUAGCUCACGCUCCUCAUCACCAAGAUUUGUACGUUCUCCAUCUCCUCUGGAAUUCCUAGAACACAGCCUUUCUAGCUUGCCACUGGAUGAUUCCACUGAGCUUGUGUUCUAUGAAGAUAGAUAUAUAGUUAGAAGUUACAGCCCUGUAUCUUCUAGCCAAAGAGAUCAUCAGGUACCAGAUGUAAAUAUGGACUUCCAACAGACUGUAUCAGAUUCUGAAGAAUUUCCAUCUUUCCGUACUUACACCCGCAGAAUACAGAACUCUUGUCUAGACCAAGUUGUACCAGAUUACAUAGAAGAGUAGAUAUAAUUUUAAUUGGAUACUGGACAUGUCAAAUUGAAAAAAAGAUAUAAUUCUAUAUGAUAAAAUUGUGCAUCAUAUCUUUUUAAUUAGAGAUUCACAUGGUGACAGUCACUGUAACACUCAGUGAAAUUAUAAUCAAAUUUAAUAAAAUAAAAUUGAAAAGAUUUUAAAAUUAAACCAAAUCAAAUAACAUUUAUGAUAAAAUAUUAAGGGUUAUUUCUGCAUAACAAUUAUCGUCUGCAGGGAAGUUACCUCUAACAUAUUUUCCUCUCGAUGGAUCAUUCAGGAAUGCUAAUGUUUUACAGUUUCAUUAGAAUAGAUUGGAAGUUAUAUAUAGAAAUGAAACUGAUGAAAUACACUUAAGAUAGAAUCUUGUUUCUUUUACAUUAUAGUUGUUAUUUGUUUUUCUACAAUCAUGUUAUUUGUUAACUCAUACAAAAUGUUAUUGUUCAAGAUUAGAUUUUU